AUGCCUCGUUCGAAGAUUCCCGAACCCAUCCAAGUCCUGUCUCCCGAGCUCCUUGACAAACUCAAGGAGCGGACUGAGGGUACACUGCUUGACCUCAUCAAGAAGAACAAGGAUACUCGUUAUGUCGCCGAGUCUCCCGUGUUCGGUGGUUUCCGCAAUGCACUAGAGCACCUCAGCAAGGACGAGGGCAAUGAUGAGGUUCGGGACGAUACGCUCCUGGAGAGCUAUCGCUCUGCCAUUCCUUUGACCACUUAUGACUCUUAUGAACCAUUCAUCAAGAAAUUCCUUGAGCGCAACUGCCAGGAGGACGAUGUGCGGGACAUGUUCUCCCCUGGCUUACCAUAUUUUGUAGCCGUUUCAAGCUCGACCACUAGCACCAAGCCUAAGUACUUCGCCAAGUACAAACACCCACCGGGGAGCUCGUAUGAGACCGUGGAUAGGGGUGCAAAUCCCGUCUCCGACACUGGGGGGAAGAAUUGCAUCGUUUAUUCCCUCAAUUACCGACAGCUGGUGUCCGUGCUGAAUGGGGAUGGGGACGCGGUGAAGAAAUUACCCGUUACGCUGAUGUCGUCUGGUUCGAUCCGCAUGCAGAAUGGCAUCGACGUGGAGAAGGACGCUUUGGCGCUUCAGUACACUGCACCCCGUGCCACGUCUCCCAUCGCAGUCAGCUUCAUUUCUAAAUAUCGAUCGUUCUUGCUCAUGCACGCGCUCUUCGCGUUGGCCGAUACCAAGGUUGAGACAAUUAACACACUCUUUGGGACUAUCUUUGUCGAUAUGAUUCGCUACAUGGAAGAAGAGUGGGACAACCUUCUCAAACAUAUCGAGACUGGUCAACUCCCGGAUUGGGAGGGAACUGACCAGGUCCGGCAAUGGCUCGUGCCGAAAUUCCAUGCGUCUCCAGAGCGUGCGGCUAAACUUCGUGCGAUUGGUAAAGCGAUCCAGGAACCUGGUUGGCUGGUGAAAGUAUGGCCCAUGCUCAAAGUCGUCAUUGGUAUAGCUAGUGGCGUCUACUCAGCCGUUAUUCCGAAAAUACGGCACUACGUGGGUCCAGAUGUGCAACUACGCAGCCUCGGGUUCACCGCAAGCGAAGCCUACGUCGGGACUGUUUAUGACCCUGAAAACCUCAACCUUUACAAAGUGGCAUGCGACGAUGUUGUGGAAUACCUCGAUGUCUCGAAGGAGGAGACCGCAGCUAAUCUUGUCGCGCCUUGGCAAGUCCAACCCGGGCACAAAUACGAAGUUGUUUUAACCAAUCGCGACGGGAUGUGGCGUUACCGUCUUGGAGACGUCAUUGAAAUUGAAGGUUUUGAUCCCAAUGACGGCGCUCCAGUAGUGCGUUAUGUAGAGCGCAGAAACGUUGCCCUCCGCUUGGGAGGCGCUAUGUUGUCUGAGGAACACCUUGCAAAGGCCAUUCUUGCGGUCCAAGACAAACUUGGGCCUCUGACCGAAUUCACGGUCGUAAUGGACGACCGCAGUAUAACCCGUCGCGUUGGGUAUCUUGUUGAAACUCAAGGAGAACUCGGCCGCGAAGCUGAUGAGGCUCCUGACAAGCUCCUCCGUGAAAUUUGUCGCUUGAACCCGCAGUUUCAAUUUGGCCUUGACACGGAGGAGAUGAAACCACCUACCAUUCGUAUCUUAAAGCCAGGGACAUUCGCCGAGUACAGACGAUGGAGGAUCGAGGUGACGAACUCCGGCUCUGGACAGACAAAGGUGCCUGUUGUAAUGUGGGAUCAUGGAGCUCGGGAGUGGAUAUUAACGCGGAUCGAGCGGGAAGUGGGUCAUUCGAUUCUCGUUGAAUCGAAGAAUCCUGGCCAGGUCACUGACAGUAAAUAA